GUUCUAAAGUAUUUUUGCUUAUGUUCUAAAGUAUUUUUUAUUAUAUUCUAAAUUACCUAUCCAUGUUCUAAAUUACUUACAGGGUGCUCCAACAAAUGCAAAAUUGAUUAGUAGGAUUCAAAAGGUGAAGGAGGUAGAUAAAGAACAAAAACAAGUUUCGGAUGAAUUCAUUUGGAAUUUUUUGGUUUGUGCGGUUAAUAGUUGCAUCCGUUCAACUAAUAACAAGCAACUAUACAUUAAGUUUUUGUAUAGUUGCAAGGAUACAAAGAAUAUAGUUAAAUUGAAUUGGUGCAAAUUUGUUAAGGAGCACUUGAUGGAAACUACUAAAAAAUGGUUAGAUGGAGAAUCUUUCUUUACGGGUCCUUUAAUCUUUCUUAUGGUAUCCUAUUUUGAUCGGGUACAAAGGAAGGGGUUAGAGAUACCACGUCAAGUUCCAUUAAUAUCAUUGUGGAACCAAGAAAGGUUCCAUACAAGAUUGAAGUUUGAGAAAGACCUUGGAUUUGGAAAAGGAAAAGUACUAGAAAGAAUGAAAUUGAAUGUGGGAUCGGAAAAAAGGCAAGAGAAUGACAAAGGCAAAAAGAAAGAGCAACCCUUGACAAUUAGAGAAAAACAAGGGGAGAAGAAAGUAAUAAAAAACAAGGGGAGAAGAAAGUAAUAAAGUUUUCUACUAUGUUCUAAAGUUUUCCCUUAUUAUGUUCUACAGUUUUCUAUUAUGUUCUAAAAUUUUCCCAUAUAUUCUAAAGUAUUUUAUUAUGUUCUAAAGUUUUCCCAUAUGUUCUAAAGUUUUCUAUUAUGUUUUAUUAUAUUUUUUACUU